UACAAGCCAUGCAGCAGUUUAGUCUCCUUCAAGCUCUUCUCAUCGCCGGAGCUCUCUCCGGUCUCCUCGGCCGCUUCAUCGUAGCUCAAAACUGCGGCUGCAGCUCAGACCUGUGCUGCAGCCAGUACGGUUACUGUGGCAGCGGCAACGAGUACUGCGGCGAAGGGUGUCAACAAGGGCCUUGCUUUGGCAAUAACGGCGGUGGGGGUGGAGGUGGAGCUGUUGAUGAUAUUGUAACUACGGCGUUCUUUGACGGAAUUGCGUCUCAGGCAGCGGACGGUUGUGCCGGGAAGGGAUUCUAUACUCGCGAUGCGUUCCUUUCGGCUGCUGUGUCGUUCCCGGACUUUGGCAACACAGGCAGCGACGAUGUCAAGAAGAGGGAGAUCGCUGCUUUCUUCGCUCAUGCCACCCAUGAGACUGGACACUUCUGCUACAUUGAAGAAAUAAACGGAGCAAACAAUAACUAUUGCCAGGCCAGCCAACAAUAUCCAUGCAAUCCUGACAAGAAGUACUUCGGUCGUGGCCCACUUCAGUUGUCCUGGAACUACAACUACAUCCCCUGCGGCCAGGCUAUCGGUUUCGACGGCCUGAACUCGCCGGAGACGGUGGCCAAUGACAAGGUCAAAUCCUUCAAGAGUGCUUUGUGGUUUUGGACUGAUAGAGGGGUGCAUAAUGCCAUAACUUCCGGCCAGGGCUUUGGAGCCACCAUCAGAAUCAUCAAUGGAGCUCUUGAGUGUGACGGCCACAACCCAGACCAGAUGAAUGCUCGUGUGGGGUAUUAUCAAGACUAUUGCAACCAGCUUGGUGUAUCUCCUGGAGAUAAUCUCACUUGUUAAUUAGAACGUUAAUUAUAGUUUUAUAAUUAAGUGCAUCCAUCCAUGCAUGCAUGCAACUUAUAAUAAAUAACUGUGGAAUAAUAUGAAUGUUUGUGUGUGGCUCAAAUUAAUCAAGUACUAUUAAUGAAUAAAUAAAAUUGG